AUGGAGUACUUGCCAGACAGAGGACUAAACAUGCAGUGUAACUCCAUAAUUGACACAGCAAAAAUACAACAAGAAAUGGAAGACCACUCCAAAACCCGGUAUAGCCCGAUUAAACCUGAGAUAGCCAGAUAUAGUCCGAUUAAACCCGAUAUAACCCGACUUAACCCGAUUAUAACCCGAUUAAACCCGGAGGCAGAGACAGAAGACUCAGAUGAGAUAAAGGCAGAGACAAUCUGCCCCAAGCAAAUUUAUGACUCGAAAAAUUGGCCAGGAAUUUAUUUGUCAGAAAUAGAAUUAACAACAAACUACCUAAAAAGCAAUUAUAAACCGCCAUUUUCUUAUGCCAUACUCAUAAAAAUGUCUCUAACGGAAAAUGAACAGCUUAGUUUGAAUGGAAUUUAUAACUGGAUCAAGCUACGGUAUCCAUAUUACAUGACAGCUGAUCCUGCAUGGCAAAAUUCAAUUAGACAUAAUUUGUCGUUGAAUAAGAUAUUCCAGAAGGUGAAGCGGCCUGCAAAUGAGCCUGGGAAGGGAGGAUUCUGGCGGUUGAACAAGGGAUUCGAACCCCCAAAGAAAAAACGGGAAAAAGAGAACAAAGCAUGA